ACGGGAGAAAGUGGAAAGACAACGUUUAUGAAGCAGAUGAAAAUCAUUCAUGGAAGCGGAUACUCAGAAGAGGAGAGGCGUAGCUACACUAAGCUGGUUUUUCAGAAUGUAUUCCAAGCUAUGAGUACAAUGACGGAUGCCAUGAAGACCCUAAAGAUCCCCUACUCCAACCCACAGAGCGAGAUUUAUGCCCAGUGGUUCCAGGAUCUGGACAUACAUCAGAUAACACAGCUGAAGAGAAGUUAUGUAGAGGCUAUUCGUCAUCUAUGGGCAGACAAAGGCUUUAAGAUUUGUUACAGACGGCGCAGAGAGUAUCAGCUACUAGACUCCACUAAAUAUUUUAUUGAUAACUUGGAGCACAUCGCAGCUGAAGGCUACAUCCCAACACCUCAAGAUGUUCUUCAAGUCCGGUUCCCCACCACCGGCAUCAUAGACCACUGCUUUACUUUAGAGAAGAUGACUCUCAGGAUUGUAGAUGUCGGGGGUCAGAGGGGACAAAGAAGAAAGUGGAUCCAUUGUUUUGAGAAUGUGACGGCAAUCAUAUUUUUAGCCUCCCUCAGUGAAUACGACCAACUCCUUGAGGAGAAUAACAAGGAUAACCGCAUGGAAGAGAGUUUGUCGCUGUUCUACACCACCAUCCACUCAACAUUUUUUGAUAAUUCAUCCGUCAUCGUCUUCCUGAACAAAACGGACAUCCUGGCUGAGAAGAUUCAGUUCUCAGAUCUAAAAACAUACUUUCCUGAAUUCAACGGCAAACGUAGGGACAUUCAAGAUGCCAUGCUGUUCAUCAGAAAUUUAUACAAACAGAGAGCGGUUUCCUUCGAGACUAAGAAAUCCAAAGACAUCUUCUCUCACUUCACCUGUGCCACAGACACUAAAAACAUCCGGAAAGUCUUCAGUGACGUGAAAGAGGCCGUACUCAUCAAGAAAUUAGAGGAAUAUGACAUACUCUAAUGAGCCAAAUGUG